AUGCCACGAAUCUUCCUCUCUUCCCCUUGCAAAAUCCCCCCGCACUUAGCGAGCUAUCCAUAUUCCUUUCCUGUAUUCUGUGACAAACAUGCUCUCAUAUCCUGCAUGUUUCAGUGUCACUAG